CGCGACAGGGCGAGGGAGCGAGCGAGUGGAAGAGAGGCCGGCAGCGAAGCGUCAUUUUCCGCCGCGGUGCCACCCUGGGACGCCGCUCGCGAGGACACCGGCUGGGAGCCUGGAGCGGGGCAGCCUCCGCCCCUCCCUGCAUCCGCCCCGUGCUGCGAGGCGGGACGUGACCGCUCCCCGCUGCCCGGCGCGCAGCGGCUGCCCCCUCCCAGCGGAGCUGUGACCCCUCCUCCGGCUCCGCCGCCGCCCGUCCCGAGGAGCGAGACCGGCACUUGUUGCUGCCGCGAUGGUGACCGGCCCGGCCGAGUAAGGGACCGCCGAGCCCGUCGGGGAGAGCAGCGCCGAGCCCGGCCCCGUUCGGGGCAUCGCGGGGUGUUGUCUCCCCGCAGUGACGGCGCCUCCCGGGCGACGCCAAGACUUUGGUCUCCGCGUGGGAAUCGCGCCCGGCAUCCCCGGCCGCGCCAGGUGGUCCCGGCGGGCGGAGGGAGCACCGCCGCCCGCCCCAUCCCUCGGCCGCAGCCAAAAUGUCCUUCUUCAACUUUCGUAAGAUCUUCAAGCUGGGCGGCGAGAAGAAGAAGAAACAAUACGAGCACGUCAAGAGGGAUUUGAACCCGGAGGAGUUCUGGGAAAUCAUAGGAGAGCUGGGCGAUGGUGCUUUCGGUAAAGUGUUCAAGGCUCAGAACAAAGAAACGAAAGUUCUGGCUGCUGCAAAGGUGAUAGAUACUAAAUCAGAAGAAGAACUUGAAGAUUACAUGGUGGAGAUUGAUAUUUUAGCAUCUUGUGAUCAUGCUAAUAUUGUCAAGCUCCUAGAUGCUUUCUACUAUGAAAACAAUCUGUGGAUCCUGAUUGAAUUUUGUGCAGGAGGAGCAGUAGAUGCAGUAAUGUUGGAGCUUGAAAGGCCGUUAACAGAGCCACAGAUCAAAGUGGUGUGCAGGCAGACACUGGAAGCACUGAACUACUUGCAUGAGAAUAAGAUCAUCCACAGAGAUCUAAAAGCUGGCAAUAUUCUUUUCACAUUAGAUGGAGACAUUAAACUAGCGGAUUUUGGAGUAUCAGCUAAAAACACCAGAACAAUACAAAGAAGAGACUCCUUUAUUGGCACACCAUAUUGGAUGGCUCCAGAAGUAGUAAUGUGUGAGACCUCUAAAGACAGACCAUAUGAUUACAAGGCUGAUAUCUGGUCUCUUGGCAUUACUUUAAUAGAAAUGGCUCAGAUAGAGCCACCUCACCAUGAACUGAAUCCCAUGCGAGUGCUGCUGAAAAUCGCAAAAUCUGACCCGCCAACAUUAGCACAGCCUUCCAAAUGGUCAUCAGAUUUUAAAGAUUUUCUGAAGAAAUGUUUGGAAAAGAAUGUAGAUGCAAGGUGGAGUGCAAGCCAACUUCUACAGCAUCCAUUUGUUACUGUUACUUCAAAUAAACCAAUACGAGAAUUGAUUGCAGAAGCUAAGGCAGAAGUUACAGAAGAAGUUGAAGAUGGUAAAGAUGAGGAUGAAGAAGAAGAAACAGAAAAUUCUCUGCAGUUACCUGCAGAGAAACGUGCAUCCUCUGAUCUUAGUAUUGCCAGCUCUGAAGAGGAUAAACUUUCACAGAAUGCUUCUGUCCUGGAAUCUCUCUCUGAGAAAACAGAAAAUAAUGCCAUUGAGGACAAAACAACUGGAGAUGAAUCUGAGGACAUUAAAUUUAGGAAAACAGCUGAUAACAUACACGAUACUCCCAUUAGUGAUGUGAAAGUGCUGAAUGGUUCUUUGCCAACUGGUGAAGAUGAGCAAGGAAAAAUGGUGCCAGCAGAAAAGAAUACAGAAAGCCUGGAAAAAAUGCAUGAGGAUACAGAACCCCAGAAAGGACAUAAAGAACUUGAUGUGGAAAUAAAGAAUGAACCUGACUUAAUAAUAGAGAAAGAAGAUUCCAUGGCAGAUGAACAGAUAGAAGAUGACAAACUGAAAGUAGUACCUGUAACUGAAGAUAGGGUAGAAAGUGAAGAAGGCAUUUCUAAGGAAACUGGUGAAAAAGAAGAGAAGGGAAUGGAUCUCUUGGAUGGUGAGGAAGAAAAGGUCCCUGCAGAAAAUAGAGAUACAGAACAAAAGGAAGAUAAAGGUGAAGCUCAGAAAGAGGCAGUAAUAGAUACCACUACAGAAGCUCUGCCUAAUGCUACAGUUAAAGUGUCUGAUGAAGAAAAGGAUCUAAUAAACCAUGGAAUUGACAAUAUUAAGGAGAUAGGUGCUAUUGCUGAAACACCCAUCAGUGAUGGGGAUAAAAUACCUGAGCUGGAGGAUAAGCCAGUGGAAAGUCAGGCUAAGCAGGUCCAUGAGAUAAUCAGCUCUGAAGAAACUGUAUCAGAAAACCAAGAUACAGUUGUUGAAGUAGAUAAGAAACUGGCAGAAAGUGAAAAUGAGGGUAUCAGUAAUAUAAACAGCACAGAGGAAACACAGAUCAAAGACUCUGGAAAAGAUAUCGUAGACCAGAAGGCAUUACAGACUAAACCUGAGGAUAUUCCUGAUAAACUGGUGGAUAAACUGACUGGUAUGGACCAAAAUUCAGGAGAGCAUGGACCUGAGAAUAUACAGGAAACCAACAUCCAGGUAGACAAAGAACAUCCAGCAGUUACCUCAGAUGAAAUUGUGAAGAAUAAGCUUCAAGACACUGUCAGUGAACAAGCUGAGGAUUCUGAAGUCACUCCAGUCCCCAGUAUUAGUAUUAGCACUGAAGAAAAUGAGAAGGUCAAAACAGAUAAUCAAGGCAAUACUGAGACUUUACAGCAACUGGAAUCGGAGAAUUUGAAGGAAAAUGAUGCAGAUUCAGGCACUGGUUCUACAGCUGAUAACAGCAGCAUUGAUUUGAACUUGUCCAUUUCUAGUUUCCUUAGUAAAAACAAAGAGACAGGAUCAAUAUCUUUACAGGAAACUAGAAGGCAGAAGAAAACGUUAAAGAAAACUCGGAAGUUUGUUGUUGAUGGAGUAGAAGUGAGUGUAACCACGUCAAAAAUAGUUACUGAAAAUGAUUCAAAAAGUGAAGAAAUGCGAUUUCUACGGCGUCAAGAGCUCAGAGAGCUGAGACUUCUUCAGAAAGAGGAGCAGAGAGCCCAACAGCAGCUCAGCAAUAAGCUUCUGCAGCAGCGAGAGCAGAUGUUCAGACGUUUUGAACAGGAAAUGACAAGUAAAAAGCGACAGUAUGAUCAGGAGAUAGAGAACCUGGAGAAGCAGCAGAAGCAGACGAUCGAGCGCCUGGAGCAGGAGCACACAAAUCGCUUACGGGAUGAAGCAAAGCGCAUCAAGGCUGAGCAGGAGAAGGAAUUGUCCAAAUUCCAGAAUGUGCUGAAAAACAAAAAAAAAGAGGGUGUUGCUCAGGUUAUGAUUCAGUCUUUUCAGUUGUCUUCAUGUACGCUUUUCAACGCACAAAUGCAGGAUGAGCAGGAGUUUGUGCAGAAACAGCAACAAGAACUGGAUGCAUCUCUGAAGAAAAUAAUUCAGCAGCAGAAGACAGAACUGGCCACUAUUGAACGAGACUGCCUCAACAACAAACAGCAGCUCAUGAGAGCUCGUGAAGCUGCAUUCUGGGAGCUGGAGGAGCGGCACCUACAGGAGAAACACCAGCUCCUCAAGCAACAGCUCAAGGAUCAGUACUUCAUGCAGAGGCACCAGCUGCUUAAGAGGCAUGAAAAAGAAACAGAACAAAUGCAGAGGUAUAAUCAACGCCUUAUAGAGGAGUUAAAGAACAAGCAAACUCAGGAAAGAGCAAGACUGCCUAAAAUCCAGCGAAGUGAAGCGAAGACCCGCAUGGCCAUGUUUAAGAAAAGUUUAAGAAUCAAUUCAUUUGCUUCUCCAGACCAAGAUCGUGAAAAAAUUAAGCAGUUUGCUGUUCAAGAAGAAAAGAGGCAGAAGAAUGAGAGACUGGCGCAGCAUCAGAAACAUGAAAACCAAAUGCGGGACCUUCAGUUGCAGUGUGAAGCAAACAUCAGGGAACUGCAUCAGUUACAGAAUGAAAAAUGCCAUCUACUGGUUGAACAUGAGACGCAGAAGCUAAAAGAGCUGGAUGAAGAGCACAGUCAAGAACUGAAGGAAUGGAGAGAGAAAUUGAGACCAAGAAAAAAGAUGCUGGAAGAAGAAUUUGCCAGAAAACUGCAGGAACAGGAAGUUUUCUUUAAAAUGACUGGAGAAUCCGAAUGCCUUAAUCCUUCAACACAAAGCCGGAUUUCCAAAUUCUACCCAAUCCCCAGUCUUCACUCCACUGGGUCAUAACUCUGGGAACUUCUGGAGGAUUUUUGGUGUUUGGAAUUCUCCCUCUUUACGGUCUAACCCGACUUACCCGCGGCGUAUGAACACCGGGGACCUCGCCUGUCUUGUUUUCAGUGGAGACAAUCAGUGUCAGGAGCGCUUUCUUCACUCCCCUAAAUAGAAGAAACAAACCAAGUGUUGGUGUACAGUGGUAUUGUUACGUCCUUCAGAUGUUUCAAGACUAAGUGGGCUUUUUAUCCCAGUCUCUAAAAGUACAUUACCUAUGGUUUUGACUUUAAGCCUGAAAUAUUAAUUAUGCUCUUUCUCAUCAUAAAAAAAAUGGUUUCUCAUCUGAACACUUAAAUUGUGUAAUAUUAGUUCUGCUACUGUGUUUUUAAGCAUCAGAUUUCUCCAUGAGAGAAUUCCACAAUUGAAACUGCCAUGAGAGGUUUAAAAUUUUUAUAAUGUGAGCAGUGUCUUCAUGGCAAGGACUGAAACUAAUUACUAAGAACAUGCCAGUAAUCAGAAAAACAAACCCUUCUGUUUAAACACAAUUGGCAAAAGCAAAAGCCUUUGCAAUUUCUUUCGAAAGAAACCUCUGGCGUAAAUUAAACUGAGCUGAUCUCCAUGACAUGUUUUGUCCAUUAGUUCCAUAAUGAAAUGGGGUGCUAGUUUAAUUAAUACAGUGCCUGAAACACUUAGAUAUGCUGAUCCUGGCAACAGGAUACUGUUUUGUCAUUUAAAAACACAAAACUCCUUAGCGUUGCUGUUACUGUACAAAACAAGAUUUCUUGCUGCUACUGCCAUUUUUGUUGUAAAUCCUCACCCUAAAAUAUUUUGCACUAAAAUAUGUAAAGGUGAAAGAAAUGCUAACUUUAAAAUGCACAGUUUACUAUUUUCUUUAGCUAUUACAUACAGGUGGUUAGUUCUACAAAUUAAAAAACUGUAGAAUGUAUUUUUUAGAAAGCGGUGUGCAAAAUGCACGUGGUUUCUCUAACUGUACCUGGAAUGGGUAGAGCCAUUGUUCUGUUCUUACCAAAGUCUGUUCAUUUGAACUCCAUCACAGAAGUGGAGGUGGAUGGUCAUAUUUAUAAAUAACCAUGGCUAAAGUCUGAUUUCACUAGAAGUGUUAGUUUUUUUUUUUUUUAUUUUAAUCAUUUUAUUUUAAGGAAAGAUUUAAGUUAAAUAUACAGACAAACUCCUUUAUGAAGCUGAGUGUUUUGCUUUUGUGUUGCCACCUACUAACAUAGGCAGUUUUUUUUUGAGUUCCUAGAUGUACCAUAAGUUAUUUGCCUGACUGAUCUGUAGUGGGAAAUCUGAAUUGUGUCUCCUAUAGCAGGGUAGGGAAAUACAGCUGUAUUAGGUCACUUUUGCUGCACUCCUUUUGGUGGAUGGAGGUUGAGUCAUAUCAAGGCAGUGUUACAACCUGUACUUGGGUAUGUUGGAGCUCCAUUUGUAAAAUAGUAUUUGCUUUCUGUCUUUUGAGGCCUGAUGUUCUCUGAUAUUUUUGGGCAUCAACUGCACCCGUUUUGUUUGCUUGCUUUGACUGUGCAACUGAUGCCCAUUCCAUGGCGUUCAUUUCAUGGGAACAGUGUUGCUGCAUGGCAAUGAACUCAGAAAUUAACAUAGGACUUUAAUCAGCUGUGGUUGAAACCUUGGAUGCUGAAAUCCUUGGACAUUGAACCAGUAUCUUCUCAAUGAAGACACUUAAUUUACAGCACAGUAAAAAGAAAAUUGGAAAAUGCAUGUUUUAAUUUAAAUUUUGUAACUUUUUGGUAGCAUAAUUACUUUAAUAGCUAGCCUUCAUUUCUGGCAUUUUAUUAUUUUAAAUGUGUAUUGUGUAGUGUUGUAAAUUCACACACCAUAUCUCUAGAAGGUUCUUUGUUGCUGAAUGCAAAGUUUUUUGAAUUGUUUGUUUAGUAGGGAGAAACAAGUCUUUGAAGACCUUUUGCUUUUUAAGCUCCACCUUCAUAAAUUGACUGUUACUAAGGUAACAUUAAAUAAUCUUCAUCUCUAUUUAACAGAAUUUGUUUGCAAUUUCAUAUGAAGUAGGCUCAGUGCUUUACCUGGGGAGUAGGCAGGGCAGGCAGAUUUCCUCUUCUGGAUUAUGUCUACGUUCAUCUCCAUUAAAUCCUCACAGGGAAAUGUUAAUAAUCUUCUCCUUACGUUUUUGGUCGUUUCAGUGAUACAUGGCUAAUAUGUAAUGGCAUUCUGUUUACCUCUGUCUGAAUCUCUUACAUCUAUUAUCUGAAGAUCCUUUUCACACAGGCCCUGCAAUCUGAUCUCAUUGUAAAUUGCACAAAUAACUGUAACUGAGCUCUGGGAUGAAGUGAGGGAUCAGAUGUGGUGAUGGAAGCCUUGCUCAGGUCUCCAGGUGGGGAGCCCUGUGAAGCACUUGCAGCCUUGUGAACUGGGCUGAGAAUUGAUACCAAGCACAAAAAUAUGUUCACUGAGUGAUAACAAGAACUAGCAUGGGUACUUACACAUCUAGACUGACAAAAUUUGGUUUAAGUGUUGCAGAAUGUGAGAGAGGUGUUACAAUAUUGUAUCAGUGUCACAAAAUUCAAUUAAAAUUAAAUUUAGUCUCACAUAGGCCUAAAGGACAUUUCCUGAGAUGUGAAAUCCAAUCUUUGUACUAUCUCAUGUCACCUCUCUAAUGAAUGUUAGCAGCUCCAUCUCCAGGGUGGUAAAGUGUAUUUUCUGCAGCCAAUGUACUUACUUACAAAUUCUUACUGUUUGGCAGAUCUCAUUGUCCCCACACGCUCCUCCAAAGCUGAUCACAAAUCAGUGUUUGUUCACCAUUGUGUUCUACUACAUUGUAAAUUCUGUCCACAGGAAAACGAGAAAAGGCAAUAAAUCCCUGGAUUGCAGUGCUGCGUGUGGGUUGUCCUCCUGUGUUUACAACUGAUCCUCAUGGAAAACCUGCCUGCAGGGCCUCAGCCUCACACCAUGUGUUUCCCAAGCUCUGAAAGUGCAUUUUGCACUGCUUAAGACAUCCAGGGAGAGCUGGGGCUAAAGGUCUUCAGGUGCACCUGCUACCUGUUUUUAGGAGAUUCUGGCUGAGGAGGGGGUUACCAACAAGGCAGAAAAUUGGCUGUGGCAGCUCUUGAUCUUCUGAAGUUCCAGGGGAACUUUCCUGCUUGUUUUAUGAAGAAGACAUAGUCCAGCAUUUGAUGCUCUGUGAUCCCCAUAAAUCACAUUUUCCUUCUCCAAGCAUUCUGCUGUUGCUGGUGUGUACAUGAGAGCUACACACAGCAUGUAAAGAUAUGAUACUGAAGAUGUUAUUCAUAUAAUGUAGGUCCUGAUUUAUAAACAACUUAUGAAGGAAAACCUUUAUUUGAAUUGGCACCUGAAUUCAAAUUCCCUGCUGGCAAGGCUGCACUGUCCUGACCAUCAGCAGUCACUCAGAGUGAUUUUUCACAUCACAUUAAAAACUGAUGUUCAGUCUGAGCUGCACCCUUUUUUCCAGGUAAUCUUUUAAGCUGAUAUUCUUUUAAAAUUGCAUUCACAGGUACUCAAUAUCUGAUCUAUCACAUAGUUUAAGGAAUUAUUCUUCUGUUCCAGAGGACUUUAUGAUAACUCUAUUCUACUGAAUUAUUGUCCUUAAAAAUUGGAAACAUAGCACCUUAACUAAGACAGAGCUAAGCAAAGCAGCAAUGAAAUCACUUUUGUCACACCAUGUCUUGUGACAGCAUCACAUAGGAAGUUUAGGCUGAUCCUCCAAUUGAAAUAGCAUCUGCCUUGCAAGUAUUUCAAGCUUGCUUUCAUAUAGGAAAGAUUCAAAUAGGUGGUUUAAAUUCAGGCACUUGAGUUCACUUUCAGGUAGCCUGAUUUUCAGAGCUGUUGUGCAGCUGUAGCUCCCAGGACCUCAGAAAUAUAUCAUUGCUGAAAACUGAAAUGUACAAAGAAGCUUGGUGCUAGUUGCUUCCACUGAUCUACUGCUUCUUGGUUUAUCUGCUGUGGGGAAGACAGGCAAGUUUGAAGACAGUGACUCUCUGGUUGUUGGAGGAAAGGGCAGGGGGAGUGUUUAGGGCCAUCACUGUGUCGAUAAGUUGAAUGUUAGCAUUUACACUCUCAUUAUUUUACAUCAAAAUCUGUACUUCUAGAUCUCUGAAACUUCCUUGUGUUGAUGUGUCCAUGCAAAUUUCACAAUCCCAGCCUCCUUCUGCCAUCUUCACAGCAGUUGAAAAUAGAUUAGAGAGAAUUAACCUUGUUCACAGGCAAGCCAAGGCCAGGAUGCCCCAUCAUUUCUCAGUCUUGUAAAAGAUGAGAACAGAUAAAGGGAAGGAGAAGACAAAGGAAAUUACAGUGGUUCUUUUACAGAACUUUUACUUGUCCUGCAUCUCUUUUCUCUAGCUCAGUCCUCGUGCUUUGUUUUUUGUAGCUCCUUUGCACAUCCAGUAUCUGGGCAGUCAGUGGUGCCAGAGGAAAAUCCCUUAAGCAAAAGCAUGCUCAUGCCCAACCCAUGAGAAAGGGCUCAUGUGCUUUCCCUGUAGUGAAAGAAGGGAGUGGCUGAGUCCAGGGUUGCCCUGAUUUCACAAAGUCUUCCACACUUACAAUUAGGUGGUAAAGCUUCUUUGGUAAUGAGAAUCAGUCCUAAAAUGGUGGAAAGAACAGAAAGUGGGAAGGGACAUGCAGUGUUGUACUGUCACCCCAUUUUCUGUCAGGAAGCCAAGCAGAGCAGGAGCAUCCUGUGACAAAACACGCGCCUGAGGCACCGCCGGCCUCCCUCGUGUUCUCCCAGCAGUUUGUUGAAUGUUUUGUGUUAACUGCAAACUAUUUUUGCCUUACAGAAAGCAACCAAAAAUCAUGAGAUGGAUGAAUAAUUGGCUAAGGGUCUCUGUACAGCUUGUGGAAGUGAACUUGCAGUAGCAGCCAUACAACGGUUUUGGGAGUUUUUUGUCUUGUUUUUCAAAGUAAUUUGAUUUCAUGGCUUUCUGUAGAAUAUUGUAAUAAUUCUGCUGUAAAUACAAUAAAAUCACAGUUUGCUGAAA